AUGGGAUGGCACGAGCGCAUCGUCUAUCAUCGUGACUUUGCCUACGACUCGAGAAGAUCACGAAUGGCCAACGGCAGCAUCGGCCACAUGCCAGCCGGAACCUUUGCUGAGUACGUAGACGACCCUUUCCUGGAGCAGCGCGAUGAAGGUACCGGCGCAUCGCAGACCUCGUCUGAAGAGGAGGACGAGUAUCUGAAGGGUGCGCCACCGGCUGUUGGGGCGGCGCCUCAGGCCUCUAUGGUUGCGCAGAAGCCCGCGUCAGCUUCACGAUGCAUCGCGUUGCGCCCCGGCCUGACGCAUCGCCUCUACUCCCAUCGUCUGCAUGUGCGCGCAAAAGCUAAAUGGCAACGCGACAGACUUCUCUCCGGCUCCAUGGUCGACGUCUUUGUCGGCGAGUCCAAGCGCCACUGGUCACUGCAUCGGAAUCUGCUCUGCCAUCAUUCCGAGCGACUUGAAGACGAGCUUCGGGCCAGUGAGCAUGGCGGCGACAGGGCAGAUAGGCUCGAGCUGCCCAACUUUGAUCCUGCAGGCUUUGAAUUGCUCGUCAAAUGGCUCUAUCAGGGCCGACUUGACGAUGUCUCCGACAUGGCCGAUGCGAAUCAAAAGUACGACUAUGCAGUCAGCUGCCACAAGCUGUAUCUACUAUGUGAUCGCUUCGACUUGACGCCGUUGAAGAAUGUGGCCAUGGACCAAUAUAGAAAAGGACUCAACGAGGCUGAAUUGGUUCCUGACCCUGAUGAGAUCGACGAAAUCUACCGCAAGAGUCCAAAGGGCUCACCGUUUCGAAACCUCAUGGCACGCAUCGCUGCACGCCAGAUCAUGGAUCCUGGCACCGAGCGCGAUAUAGAAACAUAUCGCCAAUGCCUUGACAACAAUCCAGACUUUGCCAUAGACCUAGUCAAAGCAAUUCGCUGGGGCACUGGAGGCGUCCUACUCGACGACCCCACAGACCCAGGCCACGGCUGCGAAUACCACGACCACGAAACCGGGCCAACCUGCUACUCGAUGAGCAAUGGCAAGGCCAGAAACAAGCCAGGUGAAUGA